GCAGGAGAAAAGGGUGCAAACAGUCCUAUCAUCGAGCCAAUGGAUCCGUCCCAAUCUGAAUUGUUUGCUGGUAUUGACCUCAGAAAUCUGAGGAAGGUCUUUCAACGGGGCAAGAAAAAAGCAGUCAACAGUCUCUCCUUCAAAGCAUAUGAAGGCCAGAUCACGUCAUUCCUG